GUGAGUUCACUUCUCCUUUGGCAGUAGCAGUUCACAGAAGACUCUGAGAGCCAUCCAGACAAGAAACAUCCAGUGUCAUGAGUGGAACCUGCAUUUUAUGGCUACAGAGUUAAGAAAAGGGUCGAAUUCCAUGAGUCAAAAAACAACCCUUUUCUGAACCCCAAGCUCUGGGAAGCCCGGGGACCCUGGCUGGAUCGAAGAGAAAACUGACAAGGUUGGGCUACCUCCUCUCCGUGGGCCACCUUACCAAUCCUAAGAAUAUCAGCGCUGGACAGCUGAUCCCAGAGCUCUUCACUGCACGGAACCAAGCAAUUGGGAUGUGACAGCUGCCCAUGGUGUCCACUGCGGUUCGCUUUGGGGAUGGCAGAGAUGCUAGGGAUGCUCUUAGUCCUGCUCUGUGUCUCUCACUCUUCUGCCAGUUGUGGCAUUCAGAAAACCAACGUUAUGGAAAUUUCUGAGGAAGGUUUGGUCAACGACAAGGAAUUCCCAUGGGUGGUGUCGCUGCAGGAUUCCCAGUACACCCACCUGGCUUUUGGCAGCAUCCUUAGUGAGUUCUGGAUCAUCAGCAUCGCAUCCGUCUUGCAGAACAGGAAGGACGUCAUUGUUAUAGUUGGCAUAGCUAAGAUGGAUGCCAAAGUGAUUGCUCAUGAAGAGUAUCCAGUCAACACCAUCAUCAUCCAUGAGGAUUUUGAUAAUAAAACCAUGACAAAUAACAUAGCCCUCCUGAGGACAGACACGGCGAUAGGGUUCAACAACCUGAUCCAGCCCAUCUGCUUCCUCGACAGAAAGCUGAACAUGCCCCCAGCCUUGCGGAACUGCUGGGUGGCAGGAUGGAAUCCCACAUCUGCAACAGGAAAUCACAUGACGAUGAGUAUCCUGAGGAAAAUCUCCGUGAAAGACAUCGACCUGUGUCCCUUACACAAAAUCGAGAAAACAGGAUGUGGCAAUCACAUAGAGCAGGAAACCGAUGCUGUCUGCUUGGGGGACCCAGGAAACCCGAUGAUGUGCCAGCUACAGCAACUGAAUAUGUGGGUGCUGAGAGGAAUCUUGUCCCAUGGUGGUGAGAAUUGCCCUGGCCUAUUUCUAUACAUCAAGGUGGAAGACUAUAGCGACUGGAUUAUGUCCAAGACUAAGAAAACCAGCCGUCCUCUGUCUUCCUUCCACCCCUGGGAGGAACCAUUUCCUUUCUCCAGCUACUCAUCACAUAUCAUCGUGACACCAAAGAAACAUUCUGGGCUGGGCCAGAGUGAAUGGUCCCAAGCAGACGUGCAAGAAGAAAAUAAGGUCACCUUAUAUACAUUCCCAACAAACAGCUCUACAGAGAGUCCAGACCUUGAGGAGAAAGAGUUAGGGGAAUUAGGCAAGUCUUCUGCUGUGGCCGUAGAUCCCACUUACUAUGACUAUUAUGGGGAGGCUGGUAAGGGUAGUGGGCCUAUUUCAGGUCAGAACAGGUUACAUCAGCCCCAAGAAAUUAUCUUGUUUUCCUUUGUGCUUGUUUUCUUUUGCAAUGAUAUCUAGUCUAGGAGCUAACCCUCCCAACUGAAGAGUAAGCUCAGAAUGCUGAGUGUCAGGCAGCCACCAUGCUGUUUUGGUGUCUGUUUUUUUUUUAUAGUUGGCACACCUGGGCUGCCGCGGACAGGCCCACAGUGCAUAGGGGCUGGCUCUCUCUUCUCUGUCCCACUCCCACAUGCGGGAAGGUCACUUUCCUUUGUGCUUGUGAACUAAAUGUGGGCUAACAAGUGUCAAACCAUUAGAGUGCCCUGUGGUUCUUUCAGUGUUAACGGUUCCAGGACCCAGACUGUGCAAACACUCCCCACGGGCAAAUGUGGCCAGGGAAGUGCCCGGCUGGAGAGUUGGGGACAC